UCAAUAAUUUGGAGGCGCUUUUUAUCAAAAUAUAUAUAUUGUAUGACGAAUAAUUUUGAAAAAAUAAUUUGUUUGCGACAAAAACUUCCUGUAGGCUCCAAGGAGGGCGUCCUUCCUUUGAUGGACAGAUGGAUCGUAUGGUCUCUUUGAAAGAAAUUCAGAAACACAACAAGGUAGACAACGCUUGGAUAGUGAUCGACGGGAAGGUGUACAAUGUAUCAAGCUACAUAGCUAGUCAUCCUGGUGGGGAUUCCAUUCUUAAAAAUGUUGGAGGAGAUGCAACAGAAGGCUUCCACAACCAACCUGCACACAGAGUUGUAAAGAAUCACAUUGCUUCCUUGUUGCAAAAGUUUUAUGUGGGUCUCUUGGCACUAGAAAAGGAAAACUUUGAUAAUCAACCAUAGUCAAAAUGGUCGUUAAGGUAAUACACUUGGUGUGUCUCUUAGAUCACUGUCUGAUUGAAUACAUGGGUUGAACCAUUUCUGUCACAACCAUUUCUUAGUUACUGUGAUGAAAAGCUUCUUCUGCAUUCCUAAAGAGACUUGUUUGACCAAGGUAACUUGUGUAACACAGUUGAGUUUGAAUAAAUGGUUCAAACAACUUAUAAGCAAACUAGUAGCUAUAGGGAGAAGAAACUACCCUUUACCAUGUAACAUCAGUCUGUAUAUUAACCAUACUGUUCUCUUUCCUUAGUUGCUGACAAGGAGAAUUUGUUUAACAAUAUAGAGCUUUUGUAGUUGGUGAUCAUUUCUUUUAUUCCUCUGACUUGUGGGGGCAAGGGCCUGCUUCACUCAAACACAUUUACUCAGCAUUCAAUUUAAUGACUCUUUUAAUGCACACGUGAAGAAUAAGUAAAUUCCUAAGGAACAGAAAAUGACUUUUGCAAAAAUGCACUAAUGUAUUAGACAAGAAUAAUAAGUGCAAAGAUACCACGAGACAAAAAACUUACCAAUUGCUAAGGGAAUAUACAAGACAUGAACAUUUGUAAGAAAGUUUACCUCAACACAAAAUAAGACACACAGGCAAAAAGGGCAUGAAAUAUGAUAUCAGAAGGGCUAUGUAAUUGACAUAAAAUGCAAAAAUUAUGCUGUAGAAAUGGUAUGUGGAAAAACAAAAAAUAAAUUAAUGGUUGUGGAAAUAAGAGACAUAUUUGUGAGAAAUAAAAAAAUUACACAUGCACCACAACAUGACCAUAAUAUAUGAGUCAGAGGUGAUAUUAUAAGAAAGAUGAAAUUACAUACAAGUUACUUUUAGAGGUCAAAGACUUACUUGGACCUUUAACAGUAAGGAGUCAUGUUAACAAGUAAUCAGCAAACUUCCUUCUAGAAUUGAAUGAAGUUAGAAAAUCCAGGGAUUAUGUUUCAAGUGGUCAGAUUGUAAAUAUUCCUACAAAACUUAAUAACAAUUUAGGGUGACUAUAAUGAUCUGAAAACUUGAGAAUUUACUAUUUUGGUCUGAUCUGCAAGAAGCUAUUGCUCUCUAGUGAAAUUGUUGCAAAAUAUGUUAGAUCCUGAUAGUUAUUAGAAGUGGGAAUUAUGCUGGAAUAAAAACAAAGGUAUGAAAACGUG